CAUCUUGUUCGGAUACUUCUAAACCAUUCAACCUCGUGACGGUUCAUUUCGUUGUCGCCGGUCGACUUCUCGUGUUCCUGUCAUAUCAGCUCAGACGACUUGCUGGCCUUGUCCUUUAUUCUUUCCAACAACAACAUCUAUCUAAUAUUUCUGGUUGCGUGUCAAGGACCGGAUCCUGUCAAGCAAAGCCUCGUUGUUAUACAUUUGCACAGCCAACCAACCCAACCCAACACAAGGCUAGACGUGAAUCGACUCUGGUAGUCUCUUCCAUCUUGGCCUUUUUAUAACGACGACUUACUUCCCGCCAUUGACACGAUUGUUUUAAACCAUUACGCCUUCAUUCUGCUGCAUAUAAUCUAAUCCUUAGUAUAACCUGGUCAAUCUCUCUCAACAUGUCUGCUGUUCAGCUCAAGUUCUCGCUGCGCACCUCCUCCAAUGUCAAGACCGUCCAUCUGGUCGGCUCCUGGGACAACUACUCUCGUCAGAUUCCCCUUUCCCGGGAUGAUGUCAAGCCAGGCGCAUGGACUGGCAAGUUCCGCUUCCAGACCUCCAUGCUGAAGCUGGGUGGCCGCUACUGGUACUACUACAUCAUGGAUGGUUAUCAUGUCUCUCAUGAUCCCGCUGUCGAGUACACGGUCAAGCCCACCACCGGCCGCAAGUUGAACAUCCUCGAUGUUCCCGGUGGCAAGAAGUCUUCCCAGCCCGCCCCCAAGCACCACCGGGGCUCCACAGACUUCGUCAAGGGUCGUGCUCCUUCUCCGUCCAAGAUCCACCACCCCAAGCCGUCCAAGCCCUAUGCUUCCCGUCAAAUCCGGGAGACGGACUUUGCUCCCACCAUGGAAGACCUCACCAUGCGGUUUGCCGACUCCCGUCUCUCGGACGAGUACUCGCUCUCCAACAGCCCGCCCAGCUCGGUUGGCUCAUCCCUGUCGUCUCGCUCAUCUGGCAGCACUUCCCCAUCUUCCCUGUCGUCCAUGAGUGACCCACCCACCCCGAUCUGCCACUGCGAGCGCUACGGAAUCACUCGCAAGGGCGACCGGGUCAAGCUCGACUGUGGCGGCAGCCGAUGCGGCUAUGUUACCGAGUCGUCUGAGGCUAGCUGCUCCGAGUCCGACAGUGACGAGGAGUACCGCCGUGCCCGCAGCGGUGUCCGCCGUCAAGGCAUUGUGGUGCGCAGGUAAAUCAUAACAACUUGUUGGUGCUUUUACCCUGCUUUGAUCAUUUUUGAACACCCCUCAUGGGAGUCGCUUCCCGCGUCGAAAGACCGAACACGCCGUGCAUUGGAUGUCCCUCCUCUUUGCAUCAGAGGAUAGUCACUCCUUUGGCAGUAACCUGCCGCGCCAAUUGAAGUCGCUUAAGCAUAAAUGCUACGAAAGCAAUAAAAAGAGAAAACCAAGAAAAAAAAAUUGAACC